GAGCACGCCUUGGGUUAUGCCCUACUUAAGGUGAAGGCACCAACUGUUGAGUCAGUUGUCGAGUUGGCUCGAAGUCUGUUGUAUGAUAAUGAAUCGUUCUGCCAAAGUUUCAAGCUUCACGCAUUUUCACCUUUUGGAUCAUCUGCUGGUGCUUUACAGAAUUGUAAUGCUAUAUCCGAGGGGAUGAUGAAUGAAGAUUUGAAGGCUUUCCUAGUAGAGCACCUACCUCUGGAAUCUCAAAUAACUCUCUGUGUAGCGGAUCGUAAAUUGGCCGAGUCGCUCAGAGCUCCGGAGGCGGGUUUCUCGGAUAACCUAAAUUGUUCCUCGGAGUCGAUUCUUUCGGAGAUGUUCCGUGUUGUGCGAUUGCAUUUCCCGACAUUUAUAAAAGAGUUGUCUCAUUUUACUGAAUCCAAAGCCCAAAUAGGCCUUGGGCAUAGCUACUCCCGGGCAAAAGUAAAGUUUAACGUGAACAAGAAUGAUAAUAUGAUAAUUCAAUCCAUCAACCUAUUGGAUCAGUUGGAUAAAGAUAUUAAUGCAUUCUGUAUGCGGGUGAAAGAAUGGUUCUGCUACCAUUUCCCAGAACUCCUGAAAAUUGUACCCGACAAUGUGACUUUUGUAAAGGUGAUGAGUUUGAUUGGCACUCGCGAAGGCUGUACUGAAGAUAAAUUAGAAGCACUUGAAGAGCUCACGGACGCCGUUAGAGCCAGGGCUGUACUGGAAGCUUCUAAUGCAUCCUUCGGAUUUGACAUUUCGGAAGAAGACGCGGCGAGUCUGUCGGCAUUUACAGAAAGAAUACUAGGUUUGAUUGAACGUCGAAGACUUCUCCAGACCUACCUCUCUACAAAGUUAAAUGGAAUCGCCCCGAACUUGAGCACUUUGCUUGGUGAUCGAGUGAGUGCCCGGUUAAUCUCACAUGCUGGCUCGCUCGUUAAUCUGGCCAAGUUUCCGGCCUCCACUAUUCAAAUUCUUGGUGCCGAGAAGGCUCUCUUCCGGGCAUUACGCCAUCGUGGCCGAACUCCAAAAUAUGGACUAAUUUACCACAGUCCGUUUAUUACUCGUGCUGCUCGCCAAAACAAGGGUCGCAUUUCGCGGUUUUUGGCUGCUAAAUGUGCCAUCGCUUGCCGUGUGGACUGUUUCAGCGAAUUGUCUAACGAUAUAUAUGGUCGUCAUUUGAAAAAACAAAUCGAAGAUCGUCUGAGGUUUUUUGAAACUGGGGAACCAGCUCCUACCAACGCAGAAGCCAUGGCAUUGGCCAAUUCCGAGGCAUUGGUGUUAGUGGAAAGAGCAAAACUAGCCAAAGUAGACUAA